UAUAUAAAUCGUAGGUGGCAGGCCGGAAGGCCACACCCAGCCCCAUCGCCCGCCGGCCCCGGGUAGCCAUGGAGUGCGUCGUCCGCCCGGCCCAGAGCACCGACUGCGACCACGUCAUGGGCAUGAUCCGUGAGAUUGCCGAGUAUCAUAACCUGCUGGAUGAGGUGACAAUCAACUCCCAGGUGUUGAGGGCUGACGGGUUUGGAGGGGACCCCUUCUACCAAUGUCUCGUAGCAGAAUUGGCCCCGAAGCAAGAAGACAAGCAAGGUCACCUAAUUGGCUACGCCUUAUUCUUCUUUGGCUAUAGUGUGAACACCGGCCGCAUCGUCUACUUGGAGAAUCUAUAUGUGGUCUCUGAGUUCAGAGGCCGGGGGAUCGGGAAGAAGCUGCUGAGUGAAAUGGCUAAGGUGGUGCUGGCCCGCGGCUGCACUGAGAUGAAGUUCACGGUGGCAGCGUGGAACAGCCAGGCCCUGGCGUGGUACCGGCACCUCGGGGCCCAGGACAAGACGGAGGCAAAUGACUGGCACUGCUUCGAGCUGGGGCCCGAGGCCCUGCGCAGGCUGGCAGGGGAUGGACGGUGAUUCGGGGCCAUGGGCAGCCGGGCUGGGGCCUCGGAGCUAAACCAGCCAGAGUCCUCCAGGCCUCACGGUGUCCUGCGUCUGCCCCCCACAGCCCUCCAUCCCUCCUUCCAUCCCCCAUAGCCCUCUAUCCAUCCUUGCAUCCCACACAGCCCU